AGGCGUGUUCUUUGUCCAAGCCUGGGCUGGAGUGUAUAAUAGUAACGCGCAUAUCAGGAAGCUGAACUUCACUGCUUGAGCUGACAGGUUCCGGAGAGCGCGUGUUCAACUUGUAUCACGACAGAGAUACACUUUCAAGUCAGGAAAAUGGCAGAAAAGAGUGGAAAACCAGAAUUUGAUCAACCUAAGAUUGAGCUACACGUGCAUCUUGAUGGUGCUAUUCGAAUAAAGACGAUAAUAGAAGUAGCAAAGAGGCGGGGAAUCACUCUACGUGCAAGCAGCGAGGAUGAAAUGAGAGAGCUGUGCAUAAUGCAUAAGCCGGGCACACUCACAGAAUUCCUUGGCAAGUUCGAUCACUACAUGCAUGCCAUUGCAGGGGACAGAGAGGCCAUCAAGAGAAUAGCUUAUGAGUUUGUAGAGACAAAGGCCAAAGAGAGAGUGAUCUAUGUUGAAGCCAGAUACAGCCCUCAUCUGCUGGCCAACAAGGGAGUGGAUCCUCUACCUUGGAACCAAGAACCAGGAGACAUCACUCCUGAUGAUGUGGUGGACCUGGUGAACAAGGGGUUCAGAGAGGGAGAGAAGGCCUUCAAAAUCAAAGUCAGGUCCAUUCUGUGCUGCAUGCGUCACAUGCCAAAUUGGUCUAUGGAAGUGGUCGAGCUGUGCAAGAAGUAUCGUAAAGAUGGAGUUGUGGCAAUAGACCUAGCAGGAGAUGAAUCCAUUGAGUGUAAGGAAUUCUCAGGACACAGGAACGCAUUUGAGGAAGCUGUCAGAAGUGAGGUGCACAGAACUGUGCAUGCAGGAGAAGUGGGCCGUGCCAGUGUGGUGAAGGAGGCAGUUGAAGUCCUGAAAGCAGAGCGCAUUGGACAUGGAUACCACACGCUUGAAGACCAAGCGCUGUAUAAACAACUGCUCCAACAAAAAAUGCAUUUUGAGAUAUGUCCCGUCUCUAGCAGACUGACAAAAGCCUGUAAGGAAGACUUCACCAAACAUCCUCUCAUCACAUUCAAGAAGGAUGAAGCGAACUACUCCUUAAACACAGAUGACCCCACCAUCUUUGACUCCACCUUGAACUCGGACUAUCAGGUGGUGAAGCAAUAUAUGGACUUCACUGAAGAGGAAUUCAAGAGACUGAAUAUAAAUGCAGCUAAGUCCUGCUUUCUUCCCGCAAAGGAGAAAGAGGAGCUUCUUGAACAACUCAAACAGGCUUAUGGCAUGCAGGAAAGCACAGGCUUUUGUAGCCAGCACAACAAGAGUGCAGCGGGCACAUCCUUUCAGGACAUUUGCCUUUCCAUUGUGGAUCCUGAUUCCUUGAAACCGGAGAACUCGUAAACGCGUUCCUCAGCAAAAUAUUAUUUACACAAAAAUAAUAAAGCUCAUACGUCAACAUCUUCAAAAAAAAAAGAUUCAGCUUUAGAAGUUAACAUGCCAUUUAUGUUACAAAUGUAAUUUAUUGUCAUUUCAUUAACCGCCGUUACAGCAUACUGGUUUUGACCAAACGAUGUUGCCUUUCAUCUACAUCAUUUUUAUUACAAAUAUUGUAAUAAUCAUGUAACAUUAAAUAUUGGUCUUAUUUCAUAUUUACUCAAGCCACUAUACGUUAUGCUAUUCUCAGUAUAUGCACAGAAUAUGACCAUAAUGUCAAGUCUUCGUAUGAAGGAUGUUAAGCUGUGUAACGUGAAUGGUGCUAUGAGAAAGAAAUUAAAUAGUACCUCAGCUGUAUUCUACAAUUUUACAAUGGAAAUAAUGUAUAAAUCCAAAACAUUAAACCAGAAUAUGAUCUUAUGUAUGGUUUUUAUCUAAUGUAUAUUUUAUAUGCAAUAUACAAACCUAUUGAUAUUAAAGUUAUUAGAUGUUUUAUGAUGAAAUGUUGUGCAAAACCCCUUUUAAUUUUCUUUCCUUUGUUCUAACACCAGAGGGCACUUACCAAAAGACUAUUCAAGUAACUCAGGUUUGGAGUUUAUCAGCCUAGUGAAAAAUAAUUGUCAGAUUUUACGUUUUGUGUAUAAUGUGAACUGCAUAGGAAAACAUACGGACUAUAAAUGUGGGAAGGAAGGGUCUGAGAGAUUUGUCACUGUAUAAACGAUCAAUACAAAUAAAUUUGCAUCUGAA